AUGGAUCCAGCUUUAUUUACACAAUUGUGUGAAGACUUGCAAUCAAAAUAUGGAUUACAACCAAGUAGAAGAAUGACAGUUGUAGAGAAGGUGGACAUAUUUAUGUAUACACUUGCUAUGGGUGCUUCUAAUAGAGAUGUUAGAGAGCGAUUUCAGCAUUAUGGAGAGACCAUUAGUAGAGCAUUUCAUGAGGUUUUAGAAGCAAUUAGCGGUAAAAGUAGGGGCUACCAAGGCCUAGCACGUGAUAUCAUAAGACCAAAGGAUUCAACUUUUCAGUUUGUACCACCUCAUAUUGCUAAUUACGAGCGAUACAUGCCUUAUUUCAAGGGGUGUGUGUGUGAUUGUAUUGGAUGCAUUGAUGGUGCUCAUAUAGCUGCAUGUAUUCCUGAGGCAGAGCAAAUGCGAUAUAGGGGUAGAAAAGGAAUCCCCACAUUCAAUGUCAUGACUAGUUGUGACUUUGAUAUGUGUUUCACAUUUAUAUCAGUUGGAUGGGAGGGAUCAGCACAUGACAUACAUGUUUUUCUUCAUGCAAUCAACACAACGGCAUUAAACUUUCCAAAGCCACCAAAAGGUAGAUAUUAUUUGGUUGACAAAGGAUAUCCUGAUAAAGAAGGAUAUUUGGUGCCUUAUCCUAAGAUAAGGUAUCAUCUAUCGCAAUUUGAAAAUAAAUCUCCAACUAAUGCACAAGAAGCUUUUAACUGUGCACAUUCAUCUCUUAGAAGUUGUAUAGAAAGGUCAUUUGGAGUGUUAAAGAAACGAUGGAAAAUACUUAAUAAAAUGCCGCAAUUUAGUGUUAAGACUCAAAUUGAUGUUAUAAUAGCAGCAUUUGCAUUGCAUAACUAUAUUCGCAUCAACUCACAUGAUGAUCCAAUGUUUACCGUCCUUGACCAACAUCCAAAUUAUGUACCUCAUGAUGAUCUUUCAGAUAGUGUUGUUGAUCCUCAAGGUGGGGACAUACCAGAAGGAGAAGCAGGGAGAUCAACCAAGAUGAAGGAAAUUCGUAAUAAUAUUACUGCUUUAAUUUGGAAUAAUAGGCGAUAG